AUGUACUGGGACCAAAAAGUUUGGGUUCAAAAGUUUGGUUUUCGUGAUUUUGUUCGAAAGAAUUUUACGAAAUUUUCAAGAGAAGUAGAGGAUGAUUCAGAAGCAUGGCUAAAAGAAGUGUUAGCAAAUUUCGAAUGUCUAGAUAUCGCUGAGUCACAAUGGUUAAUGUUUCUUCCUUCUUUGUUAACAAGUUCUGCUCAUAUUUGGUAUUCAACAGAAAAAUCUGCCCUCAGUGAUUUUGACGAAUUUAUAGUAAAAUUUAGUAAACAAUUUGCAUUCAAGCGAGACAGACCGAGUAGAUUUCGGCUGUCCGCAACAACAUCAACAUCUACUAUGACGGUGCCACCAUCAGCAAUCACGAUACCGGAUCCUGUAUCUCGUACGGAUCCGAUUCAAUUAGGUUUAAAGAAACAUUAA